CCAAGAUGUUUUUGUUAUAGAUACCCACCUUGUCACGCGAAUCGUGACCAAGGAGUAGUAUUGACCGGAAGGGAGACAAAAGACGUAAAAGAUAACUAUCUCAUUCUGUAAUAACCAGCGCGUGAACAAGUGAGAGGGCUAUUUAUUCAAGAACAUUCAAGUUGCGUAAGGACAUCACGAAAAUACUAGCAUAACAACUCCGUUACACAUACAAUGGUAGGAACAGCGAUUGAAACUUUGUUACGCGGCCAAAGAUGUUACAAACUUUGUUCAUUUAUUAUUCGUUAACCCAGUUCUCUUAGCGAUUUUGUCUGUCUUUGUUGUUACAGGAGAAGUGUUCCUAUCAUCCGGCCGCAGCUUAUGAGCGACCACCGCUCAAAAGUCCGAUGGUAAAGAGAAGAAAGAACGGAACAACUUCUAGUGUUAAAAAUGUUCAAAUUGCAGUUCUAGGAAAGGACGGUGUAGGAAAAUCAGGUAAAUUUACUCCUUACUCGGUCAUUAAACCUCCGCUGAACUGUUAAGGGUUGUUAGCUAUGUACUGAACAGUAGAUCAGUUCUUACGCUCUACAUAAAAUCUUUCCGCAACAAUGUUUACUAAUAACUAGAAACUAACAUUGAAGUAGAAACGAGUUUCACUUUCAUUAAUAUAGAAACCACGAUGAUUUCAGACAAUGAACUAAAAUAAACAUAGCGGAAGCUUGGUAGAAUCUCGGAAAGCUGGUUUAACCGCAACUAGUGAAAUCACAAAACUGGCGAGAUCAUAUCACAUUGUUUGUGACCAAACAAAAAGCUUUAAUAUGUAUCAUUUUUGACAAGGCGUUGAAUACGUCUCACUUUGUUUUGUAAAAGAAACCCAACAUAGAAAUGUUCAUUAAAAAUCUCCCUCCGAGGGUAAAGAAAGAGCGAGCUGAGGAAGAAUUUUCAAACAAUUGUCCGGCUUUAAAUUGGCGAAACCGCGGGCGCCCCACCUGCGGAGAAGCGAGCAUUAAUAGUCUUAGCCCAAGGAAGCCUUGGCGAGACGGCUUCCGAAUUACAAAUAAGAACCUUUCAAAGGAACAAUAAGUAUAGGCAGAUUUUUUCAUUGUCAAAGAGAAAGUUUAUUUUCAUAAUUACAUUCACACUACAUAAACAAGUAUUAAAGUGCACGAGUCUCCGCUCAUUUGCCCGACCUCUGCUUUUUUUCGCUGAGGGCUCUUUCAAAUGGAAGAACAAUCGUCAGAGCGGGCAGAUUACUCGGUUAUUUGCGCGAAAUUGUCAAAGAAAACUUCUUGACCUGGUAACGUGGUACGUGUUAACUCUACUGAAAUGUCCAACUACGAUGCAUCAAAAACCACCGUCCCUGAGGUCGCGUUUGACAUUAACAUACUUAUAUAUAUCUAUAUAUAUAUAUAUAGAAAGGUUCCUAUUCAUUGACUGUUGUAACAUAUGUUCCCCAGCUUGAUAGUUUACAGUAUCAGAAGAAGGAAGAUGAAUUGACACGAACUCUCUGGAAGAUAGAAAUUAUCUUUUAUUAGCGUAUGAACUAUAAUCUGCUUUUGCGAUUGCUCUUUAAGACACUAAGCAAGAUCAGCUUGUGAAAAGUAAAAUAUUUAAGUACAGCAUUCUCUUCAGUAAAUCUAUUGCAUUUAGUUCACGUGUCUUAUCAUUUUUUGGGCCGUUGUUCAGCACGACUACAAUCAGUCUUUGUAUCACAUAAUGGUUUGACGGGUAUAUAUAAAUAUAGAGAUACAAAUAUAACUUUAGGCUCGGCUCGGCUCGUUAAUAACUGUCGUGGCAAUUAACACGGAAAAUCUCGGCUGUUAUUGACGUGCAAUGAGCCGCAUAAGAAGGGCCGCUCGUCCUUUGCAAUUUCUAGUAUUUCAAGCACCUGCUAGUAUCGACAAUUAACAGAGUCACGACUAAGGAUUUAAGAAUAAAAAACACUGGAGUUAUCAGAGAAUUUUAUCGUAGGAGUUCAUCUGUAUUUAGGCUAUGAUUUAAGAAGCUUCAUGUCACGAAUUACAAAACCUUUUUGCGCUAUGAAAACAUGGCUACAUCGAGUUUGAAAGUGACCGUGCAGUAUUAGUUUGCAAGAAACAAAGAUACUGAAAAGACAACCGUUAACAAAGUAAGGGACAAGAGUAGUCAUGGAUGGAGAGGCGCAGAUUUCAGUCGGCGAACUUGGCUCAAAAACUUGGCUCAAAAACUUGGCUAAAUCAUGGUCUUCAAACCGUUGAUGCAGUUUCAUGCGCAAGCUGCAAAACCUGAAGUCAGAAGUCGUUUUCUGGUUGAUUGCUAUAAUUUAACAAGAAGUAAACAGUCUUAAACUGCUUUUUUAAUUCACUCUGAGAGUAGAAUUGCAAAAGAGGGAAAAAUAUUACCUUGUUUUCCUCAAAUACGUUUUUAAUCCCUAAUUUAAUUACCUUACCCACAGCCGACUAUCUUGUACGUUCUACAUGUUCUGUAUACAUAGGCAAAUGGGAUUUUUACUAACAGGGUUUAUCAUUUUUCCACCCGAUCCGCCAGCAUUUACAGUUAGAGCUCUCACCAGACGUUUCAUUGGGGAAUACGACAAAACAUUAGGUAAGCUUACGUUCUUAUAACCGACAUAGCAGUCACUACGUUGCCGGCGAGUUUACAGUAAUUCUGCUACACUUAGAUAAGCUCUUGUUAUCGUUGAAUUGUUCCUUGGAUAAAUGGUUAAUUACCAAAACCAUCUUAGUGUGGCCAUCUUGUCACUUUUCAACUAAAUGCGCUAUUGAUUUAACUGUGAAAUCUUAGCAAGGGAUCUCUACCCACUCAUUAGCCUAAAUUUAGGCCAUGUAUUGCAAGACGAAAAUAGCACUGGAAAGGUCGUGAAUCUAUCAAAGCAAAAAGUCGAAGAACAUCACGAAACGAAACUCUAUGGUUUAAUUUGUAACUUAUAAAGAAAUUUGGAGAUAGUUUUUAGCGAAAAAUUGUCUGGUUUUAGUAUCAUCAAAAGGGCGCACGACUUUGUGUAAUUCUAUAUUUACUCGUGUUAACGCGGUUACAAGCUCAUCAAAAUUCGCCCAACUUUUCCCUUCAUAUACGACAUGAAAUUCACUAAUAAAAACUUACUGAAAAAUGAAAAAAUAACUGAAAAAAAAACAGAAAAAAAUGAAAGUAAAUUUAUGGACCGUUUAUAAAUCUCUCACCCUCUACUCGAAAGUCUUUGUAAGUCGAGAAUUGUUGUUAUCGCCGCCGAGAUAGAGGUAGAUGACUGAAGUAAACCACAUUAGGUUUAUGAAUCUUAUCUCGACGGUUGAUGUGUCAUCUAGGUCAACAUUAACACGACCUCUUCCUUUUAAUGCAAUGCCGUGUCAUUCUAACAGAAGCCUCCCUUGGAACAAUUGCUGUUAUUUAUGGUAUCUUUUAUCAUGUUUCCUUUAUUUCUUGACGUAUCUUUGAGCUUUCUAUCCUCCCACAGAAUAGGUGGAAGUUCAGUGUUUUAUCGCAGCGGAAACAUCGUAUUGAAACUUUACCUUACAUUAGCCGAAUCACGCAGUCGCCCGUGAUUUUAUAGAAAAUGAUUUGACUGAUUAAGAUAGAAGGAUAGUGCUUUAAUCUUUCAGUAAAAAGUUGUUUGCAUGGCGUUCAGUUUUCACAAUAGGAGAAUGAGUAUGACUCAGUUUGAAACUAUAGGAGAAAAAGUGAACCUUCAUGUAUUUUCUCGAACAUUCAAUGAUGGGCGCAAAGGGAACUUAAAUGCAUACUUCAUGCGAAGAAUUCUAAUGUGCUUUUUUAAUUUGCUUCAGAAUCUACAUAUCGUCAUCAUGUAGAGCUCGACGGUCAGUUUCUGUCUCUAGACGUCUUGGACACAGCAGGAAAGGUACAGCAGACCGUUUUCACGCUCAACAUAACUGUGAACUAAAUCUUGACAGGCCUUGGACUUUUCUGGAUAAAUAUGAGUAGCAUUUGCCAUCUCGGUUCCGUUCUGACCCCCUCUCUCCCUCAAUCCACUCGCGAAUUUCUUCACACGUGAAGAACGACAUUGGAGAACGUGCGGAUCAAUGUCAGUAUCUGAACAACUACGCACCCAUCCCCUCCCCUCCCCCCCCCCAACCCAUCAUUAAUCCUAACUUGUUGUCAGUUGAUUGUUGAUGGGUUAAGGGGGGGUGGGGGGGGUAGAUACUCAGUUGCUCAGAUACUGAUCAUUGCCGCAUUCAAGAAAGGUUUUUUUAAAAUGAGGUUAGAGUUUGCACUUUUAACCCCCUCCCACUGCAGGUGAUGAUGGAGCCUGUCAGGGAGAAGGCUGAGCUGCAACUACAAUAGUAAUAUUCGUCUGUGCCUUUUCAGAACUCUUUAGAAAAGAUCGAUAAUUGCGUCCACACAGGAUCAGACUUAUUUUUCGUCCUCUACUCCACAAUCGACCGAUCCUCGUUCGAGGAAGCCUCCUUGCUCUGUCAGUACCUCCUGAAAACCAAAAACGUGAAUCCGGCUUCCUUAAUUCUUGUCGGCAACAAAAGCGACCUGAAGCAUUUCCGAGAAGUAGAUGAAUAUGAAGGACGUCUAUUGGCUCAAGCCCUGGAGUGUGGUUUCUACCAGCUGUCGGUAUCGGAAGGAUUCGAUGACUCUCAAAAUGUUCUUUACAGUACCCUCAGGCAGUACGUGAAUACACAGAAACACGGAUCGCCUUCCAUCAGAUUGUUUAUUGACAAUGUAUUGAGUCGGAAAAAGUCAGUAACUUAGUCUGUGUUUAUUCGCACGCGAAUGUAUUGUAUCAGUAUUUUUUUUAGGUAGGGGAAGGCAACCUGGUGUUUUCAUCGGGGUGGGAGGGAGAGUCAGAAAAUUACCAGGAUCAUAAGGAAGGCUGUUAGAAAAAUGAGGAGUUACAAGAAUAAGAGUGUAGGGUUCUACUUCCAACUAACGGAAUACCGCAUCACACAAGAAUUCUUUAUUUAUGUGUCUACCCCAAAUACUUUAGCUGAAAACAGCGUUCGCUCACGGAAAGCAAGAACACAUUAAACCCCAAAGGCGAAUUGGUGAAAAUAAUUCAAAUCAUUAAAUAAUGAAUUUCGUGACUGAUAACCAAAGUUCUAGCUCACGGUGCCAUGGCAGCAUGAGUCCAUAAAAUCAAUAUGCUCACUUACCUCCAUGCGAAGCCCAGAAGCCUCAUCUUGUUCCAUUAUGAUUCCUUGGCCGAAAAACGUUCAUCCCUUGAACAAAAAGAGCUUUUAGAGAUAGAAGAGUACAUAACCCUCGGAUCUAGCUAAGUUUCUGUACCUGUACAUAUUUACAGUAGCAUAAAUAAUUAAUUGUAUUUAUUAAUUCUGAAAAGAUAGUGUAAAUUCUAGGCUAGGAAAUAUUUUGUAUAAUAGUGAUAGUAGGCUCAAAAAACACAACAGAGAAUGCAAAAUAAAUGAUACUUCCUCACAAUCAAGUUCCUAAUGCAAUCUUUGGCGUUGUCUAACGAAUUAGAUAGAUUUUAGUUGGGAAGGAAAGCCAAGCGCUGAGCAAAAGAGAAAUCAAGCUGAAGAUAGUUCCACCCUGGGUAUUCAGAUGGGGUAAAUAACUACUAUCAAAUACAACAUUUCCAUUACUAAGUCAAAACGGACAAAUCUCGUCCUUAAACCCUUCAAUUUACACUCGUCAACGUUGUUCCCGGACGGAUCAUGGUACGUGUAUAGAUGGAGUUGCGUGAAGGUAAUUCGAAACUCUCGUUGGAAAUGUUUGCAUAACUUGUGAGGAUGAAUUUUUCGGCGCUUGUUGGGUUAGUUUUGCUUUAUCAUCCAGAAAUCCAAACAUCCAAUUACUCUUUCACGAGAAGGACUAACGAUCGAAACGUUAGCUUUAAAACUCUUUGCGGUGGCCGAUUUACAUUACCAAGUCAGUUGACAAAUCCAUCGACGCAGCACCACAAUUUCUUUAGAAACUUACCCCCUUUAUUCAGAAGCAGAAAGACGUUUUGCUAGCGACCCGUCUUUUGGCAAACAUAGCUCAAGAAUUAACUGAUCUGAGCACGACAAUCUUACUCGUUAUAAAAUCAGGCUACAGUUUGUUUACUUGUAGUAUUUAGUGGCCAUGGUUUUCAUUUACUUUAAUCUCAUUUGAAAAGGGAUUUUUCGGGGGAUGUAAUCCUUCUGAAUUGUUUUCUGACUGCGUAGGUGUUGUUUAUUUAUAGCCUUACGUCUCCCAGCCAGAUACAUUCCUGUCUUGCUUUUCAAGUUUAAAAUAAAACUUGUUUUAAUUAUGCUAUUUUCUUGGCUAUGUAUCAGAGAAGUUGCAAGCCUGGACAAAGUAUUUUUUUAUCAUACACAACAAAGCCGAAAUAGGAAAAUAAAACAUUCAAGUAUUCCAUUGCGACAUGACUUCGAAUCUGACGAAUGGCGCAACACUGCUUCCAUUUUUAUUCCAGGUUUAUUUUUGUGUCAAGAAGGCUAAGAUGAACCCUCUCGUAAUUUCCACUUCGUCAUGAAAUACGUCAAACAAGGGAGAUAACCGAACGGAAUCCAAUUAUAGAGGACGGAAUUGCUGUUGAUAACCACUUCUACAAACGAAUACAAGUGUUUUUUUUUUGUCGCAUUCUCAAAGAGCCCAGCAUUUUAAGAGAGUUUAAAUUCCUGUUCAUGCUCGAUAGCUUACGUUUGUGCUUAUCCAGCAGGAGAUAAUACCGGAAUUCAACCACAACUUCCCGAUGACUGUCUUAGUUGCUAAGGUCACUAGCUAGCACUUGCAACAAUAUUUAACGCCAAACAGUAGGACAUCAGACGCGAGAUCGAAUGAGAUACGUGCAUAGCAGGUUGCCGGGCAAGUAGCCGAAUUGGAAGAGGCGUUUUUAGAGACUAGACGUUCUAGAGCUGUUUCUUAAUUUAGCUCCUAAUGCCCGAAUUCAAGAUGUCAACCUGGAUGUUUAAAAGUGGAAGGCGAAGGAACUCUAGUCCGGUAAUGUGUUUUUAAUACAUCUUGUGAGUUAUCGUAUGGUUUCUGUGAAAGCUUCUGACUAUUGGAGACUCUGGGGAGAUUGGAAACUAAAAGUGAGCAAUUCAGACCAAUUUCUUUCACCUUUGACAUACAGAGUAUAAGUAUUGACUCAUCAUUUCUCAAUUUAUUCUUACUAGAGAAAUUUUCUUCAAGUGAUAGAGGAAUUAAGAGAUUUCAACGGGAUAACGGACGAUGAAAGGAAACUCGGUUGAGAAACGGAAAAAGAUGCUAACCAAAACUAAAUACGUUACCAAAAUUUCAUUUGUAUGUAAAAAUUCUGUUCCUUUUAAUCUUUAUGAGACAUGAGAAAAUUAAGUGUGAUUAUUUUGUGCUCCCAGUCAAAACAGGCGCGGUUCUUGGAUGUGUAACAUACGCAUGUCUUCCUAACGUUAAAUCUCAUGUAAUCCAUUUUAUUUAGCCUCGAACACAUUCAAAGCAAUUUUACACUGGAGAGUUAAGAGUAGAUUUAAAGGCCUUCAGAAUUCUUUUUGCCCGUGUGAUUGUUUGUUAACACCUACAGAACUCACAUGCCGACGUUUCUACACGGCAAAUAUCGAAAAAAGCAUACGCCAUCCUUAGGGAUUUUUAUUCCUAACAUAGUUAAGACGAUAUCAUGAAUUUUGACAGGUGGGAAAGAAAAAGAAAAAAGAAAAAAUGAAAUGGCUUGCGAGGCAGUGUCGAUCCUAACAACAUUAGUGCUAGCCCACACAUUGCAGAGGAGGAAAAUUUAAAGUUUCAUUUAAUACCUUUAAAAUCUAUUAAGGAAAUACGCAAGUCUGACUUACGUUUAGGGAAGAGGCGUUCAUUUUUUGAUAAGAUCGCAUAGGAGGAAAAAAAACAAACAAACAAAUUGGCAUUAGUGCACCCACUUGGCUAAAAGACGUGUCCAGAAUAUCUGAUAAAGAUGAAUCGAUUUCAAGUUGCGGAUCUAUGCGAACCGACAAGGAAACCACAACGCCCUUAGAUUAUCACUUCUGUUCCAAAGAUUCUUUGUUGUGUGUUACCGAAAUCAGACUAAGCAAUAAGAUUAACAUGACCCUCUACAGUGAUAAUAGUUUAAUGCUUGGCUAAAUGCAUUAACACAUUAACAGGAACACAGCAUGCCUUUGAAUUGAAGAGAUGUAUUCAUGAUCGUAUAGUUUCCAGUACAGUCGGAUCUCAAAAAUUCUAUUCCUCAGUAAAAAAGCGCGGCCUAUUUUAAGGGUUCACAUUUUUGAGAAUGUCAAAGGUUAUUUACUGAUUCCUGUUGAUCGAUGGGAAGAGAGACAAAAAGUUUUCCUUUUCUUGAUUAAAAGAGCCUGCGUUGGUCUCCAGUUCAGUUACCGCUUCAUGCACCACUGAAAACAGGGCCAACAUCGUUAAUGUCCUUGCCGAGAGCUUUUGUGUUUGUGGCUUUUACUGUGUAAUUACCAAGCUUAUAGUGAGCAAAUAUAUUUGAUUAGUUUAUUAAUGAAUAGACCCCACUUGAAGUUUGGCGUAUACGCAAGUAUUGAAUCGAGUAUAGAGUUUACCAACAAACAAACAGCAGUGCAUUAUGCGAGGGCCGUCCCGAAGUGUCACAUAUUACACAUGUGUAUAAUAUUCUUGUUUGUGAUGACUAACGAAUUUUAAAGGACCCAUGAAGAGUGCUCUAAUCCUCAAAAUAACAAUUCAUCUCAUAAACAUAAUUUAAAUUGACAAAUAUCAUAGAGCGAAGAGGAACGAGGUCAAGGUUUACGUCUUUUGAAAAAUGCAAUGGCCAAAAUAUUAUUUGGAAUUUUUUUUAAUAUUAUCACUUGCAUCUAUCCUUGCCUCUUUAUGUUUGUUUAGAAUGCUUCUGUUCCCUCUUUCUAUCUUAGCCACCUAAUAUUUCGUGGAGGUAGUUUUGCUUUGUGAAAAAAAAAAAAAAAGAAUGCUGAACUCAAAACGCCAGGUUACUACUUGAAAAAAGGCCGGCAACACGUGGCGAACAGACGCCAUCCUACUGUUCUUCGUGAGGAUAUGGAAAAAUCUGGCUCAAAGCGGCAAAAUAACACGGCUAAAUGUUUUCAGUAAUCGGAUCACUUCCUGUCGUUCGUUAAUUUUGGCAUUCCACAAUAUUUUAACUCAGAAAUGUAUGAUUCAUCACGGAAACUGAAUAAGGGCAGUUGUAAACAUUAAAGCACGCGAGAUAUUUCACAAGUCACGAAAAGUAUGUUGUGUGAAACGAUGAUAUAAACGAUGGCGUAAGAGAAGAAAAAUGAAGGAAAUAAAAAUUGAAAUGGCUGCUGUCAAUCGAAUUUCGCUUAUUCAUUACCGUUAGCGGUCAGAGAGGAAAAGUUAAAAUCUUUUAACUCGGGAAAAUAAUUAUCAUCACACAAUAAUUAAAAUUAUUUUGUGAUGAGAGUAUUUAAGCUCAUCACUAACGCCUUUGUUUAUUUAAAGAGCGCGAGCGUUAUCUUGGUAAAGCGCUAAAUUCGUUUUCAAUUGAUUCCAGAAAAAAGGAAAUGACAGCUGAAAGGGAAGAUUUCAAAAGGAGAAAAGCAUCAGUAAAUAACAUUAUCUUGAUUAAAAACCAAAGUAUAGUCUAGAAACUGCUGUGUGGCAGCUAAUAGGGAGGAUUGCCAAAUAGGAAAAAAUAAUCCGUUUAAGAACUUCGUGUGUUUGUUUACACAUAAAAUUCUCGUCAACAGUAUGUUCGAGAAGGAGACGUGCGGCAGCUAAAGGGAAAGAUUGCAGAAAAUGAAAAAAAAAAAAAAAAAAAAAGAUUCAGUUUAAAGCGUCAUCUAAAUGAAACACCAAGGUCUAGUUAUCAAGUAAUUCUAGAAGGAGAUGGGUGGCUGCUGAAAGGGAAGAUUGCAAAAAAAAAAGAAAUCAACUAAAGAGCUUCGUCUUAAACAACAUCAGAGUCACAGUCUGAUCAAUUCUCUAAGAAGAUAUCUGGUAGCAAGAAGGCAAAUUUGCAAACAUCAACAAAAGAAGGCCAAAUUGAUAAGACUACUUUUUAAUCGGAUAGCCUAAAAAGCUUCCGCAUUGCUGCAUUGUGAUUGGCCGUUUGCCUUUCCUUCUCGUUCUGAGCCCGUAGAUUAAGAUUUUUUGCAGCGGAAGUCGAGCGAUUUUUCCCACGUCAUAUCUAAGCGCACUGACUGAUACCUUGGACUGAUGUUCUUACUAUAAUCAUAACUUACAGCAUGUGUUUACCACAGUGCAAUCUACGUUACUCACAAACUGACCAACGACUGACAAAAUACAAAUAGAUUGGCGAUUACAACAUUUUUAACGAGAGAGCAGAAAAACAGCCACAUCACCAAUUAAGAUACUAAAAAUAAAACUACCAGAUAUCCAUUUAAUUUACAUAGCAGUCUUUUGAAAUCUAUGAAUUUUGCCUUAGCCUGAGUAAAAUGUCAUUGACGCAAAUCUUGUCGCUGUAAUUCGUCGAAAAUUAUGUGGUUGACAAUUCUCUUACCAGGGGCUGCUUAGCUAUUCUAUUGAAUGUAUUGUUCGAACGUUAUGAGUUUUCAUUCAAACGUGAACAAUUAUUACCGACAAAACAUAAUUGAAAACUUGUUAAUUACCUUAUUGUACCUGCAGUCGUCUUUAAUUACGCAAUUUUGAUAUGAAAUUCUCGCUGAACUUUACCUAAAAGAUAUGAGAUCCCACAAAGUAAAGACCAUUAAAAGAAUUUUUUAAAAGUGGAUUCAAGUUAUACAAUGAGAUUUAGGAGUCGUAGACACGCUGAGAUGUAAACUGUUCGCUUGACAAACCUUGGAAGUAGCGCGCAUUUCGUCUGCAACUGGUGGACGUAAUUAAUGUACCAUGUCUCAAGGGUACCAACACAUUAAUUGUUUUCGUACCAACUGCCAUGUUUCUUUUAUUUGAGAGCCCUGUACGUGAUGGAAUAAGAAAGAUAAGCAUGUCACAAAUGUUUUUGGUUUUUAAAAAAUUUUAGUCGAUGAUAAAGAUUCAUCUAACUUAAAGGCAACUUAAUUGGUAAGUUUUGUAGCCAACACGCUUCUUAGCCUCUCACAGAAAUCGGCAGAAAUCGGCAGAACUCGACUAAUCCGAAAUAUUUGAGUAUUUACGUUUAUGGCUUCGUUUAUUGAUGAAAAUUGUAAUAACUGGGUUAGUUACACUAAAUAAGUGAUUACGCCAUAAGCGCCUAAGCGAAGUUCGACUAAAUCUCAUUGAAAAGGCGUAUUAGCGCGCGUACUUCCGGCAGCCCGCGGAGGGCAAUAAUUACAAAGGUAUCACCACAGGAAUGACGUCAGCAACAACGUAAAACAAUACUUCAAAAUAAUUGAACAAUAACUUCAUUUGAGAUUUAAUAUCGACGCGUUACGGACCUCCAACAUUUUCUGAGCAAUACACAACUGCUUUUGAGAGGAGUUACAAACACUGAAGACACAGAACUCAAAUAUGGUAUGAAAAACAGUGCGUGUGUAAUGAGUGGUCUUUGUAGCUUUUUAGACAUAGAAGUCUUGAAGUAUGACUUUUAAAAUCAUUUUGAAGUGCAGUUGAUCAACAGUUUAACUUGUAAUUAUCACCUCUAGCUCUUCUUUUAUUUCUUUUCAUCGGAAUGUACGCCUGCUCUGAAAAUUCUGACCACAUACCUCGAAACAUAAGGGCAUCAAAAUGGCUGUGGUAAACAAAUGGAAUAUUCCACAUAUUAGUCUAUUAUCAUGGAUGCGAUUUUAAAACGAUUGAUGACAGGAGGUCUCAACGGGCAUUGCAUAAAAAUAAGGUUCUCUAGAGGUUGACUUGAUAUUUGGUUAUCGGUACAGCCAAGAUGGCAAGUAAGAGGUCGAGCUGUUUAUUUGGAAACGCAAGUCCUUGAGUGAGAUUCUUCAUAUUAGAAGUGAAUGAUUUGAAGUACAUGCGUGAGGUACUGUUUGUUUUUCAGCUUAAAGUUCUCAUUUCCGUCUUCUUCCUCCAGGAUAGAACUAUGGAUAGCUUGACAAUUCCACCGAACUUCCAAAGUACAACAAAGCCUAGAGCAACCACUGGGAACAACAAUGGAAACUUAAAAGGUAUUCGCUCCGUCGUACUGGGAAAGGAUGGAGUAGGAAAAUCAGGUAUUUGAAAGCCAAACAUGUCAAAUCGUUGCAUGUUUUCUUUUGUUUUAAGCUGAAAGCUUGAAAUCAAACAAAGCUUGAAAUCAAACAAAGCUUUAUCUCACCGCGGGUCGCCGUAUAAGGAAUGUUUAAACAAUUUUCUUUACAUUGAAACGUUCCUCUAAGUCACGAGUUGUUGCUGUACACAUUUCUCGUGAUGCCUUUUUAUGCGACGUGUGGUUUUGAGAUAACAGAGAAUGAAGAAAAACAUCACAGUAAAAUUAAUUGACACCAAUGUCGAAUGUUGACAAAGUCAUCGCUUCAACGCUUUAGCAUGAAAAACAUUCUUUCAUAUGUUUGCAACUACGUUUAUACACUAGCGACAGGUGAAAGGUCAUUGUAGUUGUUGAUAUUACAGUCACGUUCCAUAGCACAGCUAGUUUCCCCGCUAGAAACAUUUGUUUUUAGAAUCCAUUCUAGGCUAUCUUUAUGAAUUAUUUCGAAACUGUUGGACGUGUGUUGAAGUUGGUACGUGCGCAAAACAGCGCUUAUUCCGGAAUUUUUUGGGUCUUAACACUUAAAGCGUAAAGUUGCAUGACCUGCUUCCGUGAAAGAAAUUCGCUUUCCCGCCCGGGCGAAAAUAAAUUUUCCAGAAUAUAAGGACUUUUCAAUCUUUUCGUAACCAUAUCAAAUAUUUUCAUUUCUAACUUCUACUAAACGGAGAUUUCAGCUCGGAGAAACAUAUAAAUAAAACUUGAACUCAAGGGACAAGGAGGGACAUCGAUAGAGAACACAAAAACAGAUAGCUUAUUAUGAAAUUCAUUGAGAAACAAACGCCGAACUUUAAAAAAUGCGGCAGAACACUUUCAAUGCGAGAAAAAUUUGAUUCUUGAAAGUUUGAACACUCGAGCAAACGAACAGAGUAUCAAUGGAUUGCGUGUCAAAAGGCUGUACGCGCCUUCAUAAGUAGAGGAAGACACGAAGAUUUGUGGUGGUUACCAUAAAAGGAAAUCCACCCCUAUAGUAGACAAUAACAAUAAAAGCAAAGAUGAACAGUUCCGUAUGCCAAGGGCCGAAAUUCUAACAAAUCAAGGCUGUUAAAUUAGCAAAGCAAGGUUUGCACUAAAGGUUAAAUUCAAACUUUGUAGACAUAUUCCCAGAUCUAGAAACUUCGUAUCAUUUCUUUUCGUGACUACUGGCCAUACAUGCUGCAAAGUAUGUUUAUCAAGAUAAAUUAACACAGCUAUUAAAAACGGAUUAAAAUUGUACAACCGCACUCGAUUUUAAUGUAGGAUAGCGUGGAAGUUUUAUCAGCGUGUUUACAGCGUGUUUACAUAUUGCACGCAAAGUUGAUUCCACUUACUCUGUCAGCAUUCCUGUGAACCACACCCAACACAGAAUGGAAAAGGUUAAAAAUAUAGAUGGAUUAUGCAGGGGUUUCAAAAACGUUCCCGAUAAGCGGUCUCUGAUGAUUUAAUAGGCGGCUGUGCCCGGAAAGGGGUCGUAAGGCAAAACCGAAACACAAGAACCUGCUCCGGCAGGCUAAACAAAGGGCGGUAAGAGGUCUUACAAGCAGCAGUAAACCGCCUGUAACUGGCUUUAAAUGAAACACGAGAUUAUGGUUUAUAAAAGAGCUGUUUUGAAAAUGUAACUUGAUGUUAGUAGUAACUAAACUAUUUAAAAUAGCCAAGUAGCAUAAAGAUUGCUUUUUGAUUACUAAAGAUGAUUUUAAGUUGUUGUUGUUAUUGUUGUUUUUAGCCUUCACAGUCAGACUUCUCACAAAGCGAUACAUUGGAGAAUACGACAGCACUUUAGGUAAUGAAAAACAUUUUCUUCUUGUUCAAUUUCAUUGGCCAACAGCUUACCACGUGAUCUGUACUGUAAAAGGGUCGGCUACACCAGAUCAAGUUUUAGUUUUAAGCCAAAAAAGUGACAGGUUAUAUCUAAUUGCUACCAUUUCUUUAACUUCAGAAGAAACAUACCGUCAUCGCGUUGAAGUGGACGGACAAAAAAUCCUUUUAGAAAUCUUGGACACUGCGGGACAAGUGAGUAGAUCAAGCUGCUUUUUCAAAAUUUACAAGAAAUUUAUAGCUUUCACAAAAAAAGAGUCCAUCGCAAGUUACGUAUCCCUUUCUUAGGUCAAGGAAAUUGGCCUUAAGCGUUUUUCGCCUUAGUUAUUCCAGUGACACAAAACCGAACCCAAGUAAUUACAACAAGCAAUGAGGAGAAGGAAAAAUUUACUCAAGCGCGGGAAACCGCGAAUUGUUGAUAAGCAUCCGAUUGGCAGGGAAAGUAGUGCCAGUUUCUAGUCCAAUCGUGGGCGCUGUAACGUAAAACCAAUACAAUCCCAUGAUACUUUCGUGCCACUGUCUUAAAAAUUGCUCUUCUGGCUUCUCUUUUCUGGAAUUGUAAUUCAAAAAGAGAGCAGGUCGCUUUUUCCAUGAUGCUCCUAUAGAUUUCUACAUGAUAAAGAUAUCUACGUGAAAUACUUUUCAGUGACAACUAAUAAACUGAUGUUUUUCAUCUCACAGAACUCUGUGGAAAAGAUCGAUGCAUGUUCCUCGGCAGAUGUAUAUUUCGUUCUUUAUUCAACGACAGAUCGUUCGUCGUUCAGAGAAGCAGCUCUAAUCACUAAGUACCUCCUUGAGACAAGAAACGUCAAUCGGGCCGCGAUAUUUCUAAUAGCUACCAAAAAAGAUCUUAAAUACGAACAGGAUGUGACAGAAUACGAAGGAAGAUUAUUAGCGAUGGAGCUCGGAUGUGAGUUUUACACCAUUUCAAGCUACGAAGGGUUUGAUGGUACGCAAGAUGUUCUACGCGGUUCGCUUCGAUUCUCUCUAAAUAAUAAGGGAAAUGGUUCAAAAUCUCCACUUAUGACGCGGAUGAGAAAAGGACUAAAACACAGGUCGCACACAAGUAGUCCCACUCCACAAGUGAUUGAAAACAGGGACAGGACUUCGACUCUUUGAUUUAUCAAGAACUGCGCUGUGCUAGGUGAAGAAAAUAGUUUUACGUGACAACAUCUGGGCUAAUUCACCUCAAGGGAAAGAAAACGUUUCAGAACAAUUUUAAAUAAAAUCUCCCUCGACUCAAAUCAUUUGUAAUGAUUGCAAAUUUGUGAACACGUGAUAGAGCAAGUUUAUACUAUGAAAUUGUUCAAGUUAGAGUCUUUCCGUUUAUUUAAAACAUAGGAGAACUCUUAAGUUUAUCAGUAAUUGUUGAAACACCAGAAACUCUUGUAAAUAGGAAUCCAAAAAAGGCUAAAAAUAUUUUGUCUAUAACCCCAACAGUGUACCUUGCCUUCUCCAUUGUUCGUCAUAUUUAAAAUCAAUAUCAAGCUGGACUGAUAAAUUACGAAUAACAAGGCCUGGAUACGUAUGUUUCUAUCGAGAGCAGGAGAUGGAACAAGAGGUUUUCAUUUCCAUUGAACAUCAAUGAAAGGAAAUUAAAAGAAACUCCAAA